AUGUCUUCCCUGCGAGCCUCCCAGCAGCUGUUGCGUUCGGUCGUGCGCCCCUCGCCGUCGACAUCGACCGCGCGAUUCGCCGCCGCAACUCGUGGCCUCAAGACCUCGGCGCGCUCCACCGUUGCGAACCAGCUCAUCAACAAGCGAUUCGCCUCGAGUGACGCUUCCAACGAUGGGUCCAUCCAGGUCGGUUUCAGCGCAUGCUUUUGGGUUGCACUGGGAUAGGGUUCCUCCAAUCCGACACGUGUCUCUCGCUCGGAAUUGUCUCCCCCCCACCCAUCCGCCAUUCCUCCCCCAAGCUCCGCAACCGACGAUAGCCAACAAGCAGCCCCGCCGGCCACGGAGUGAUCCGCUAUGAUGUCCAUCACCCAGCGUCGCAUCGUGAGGAUCCCGACGCCGAUGUCAUCGCAUGAUAUCUUUGAGAUCAUCGGCAAUUGGACCGCAGGGCUUGGAGCGCUUGGCGACACGGAUUCAUGCUCUAUGGGGGUCGCGUCGGCAUCGACGGGCCGUUGGCUCCACGCACUCCCCCUGAUCGCCCACCCUCGCCCGCCCGGAUCCAACAGCGCAAUAUUAGUUCGCCCCCCAACUUUGGGCGGAUCAGAAGGACUGAUAUGGGCUCUACUUCCUUGCAUCCUCACUGCAGAUGACCGUCCGUGAGGCAUUGAACUCGGCGAUGGAGGAGGAGAUGAUCCGAGACGAGACCGUCUUCAUCCUCGGUGAGGAGGUCGCUCAAUACAACGGUGCCUACAAGGUUAGUCUUGAUCCCAGUCACCUUUCCAACCAGAAACGCUCACAUAGACUGACUCCACGACUUGUCACCUCAGGUCACGAAAGGUCUGCUCGACAAAUUCGGCGAGAAGCGAGUUAUCGAUACACGUCAGUCGGUCUCCACCACGUGAUCCGGUCCCGAUCACCGUUGCUCAUGUUCCAUCUCCGCGUUUCAUUCCACAGCGAUUACCGAGGCUGGUUUUACGGGUUUGGCCGUCGGUGCCGCCUUCGCCGGAUUAAGGCCCAUCUGCGAGUUCAUGACCUUCAACUUUGCCAUGCAAGCCAUCGAUCAAAUCGUCAACUCGGCAGGAAAGACCUACUACAUGUCCGGAGGGUACGUACAGACGACAAUGCAACUCGUUCUUUGCUCUUGGCUGAUAUAUGGCUCUUGCUUUCUCGAUUAAGUAACGUGCCGUGCCCCAUCGUCUUCCGAGGCGCCAACGGUGCCGCCGCUGGUGUCGGUGCUCAGCACUCGCAAGACUACGCUUGUCAGUUAUUUUCUCUGUCAAGGCUUGUGAAUGGCCUGGAUCUGACAGGCUCAUCCUCACGUCAUAGCUUGGUACGGUCAAAUCCCCGGUCUCAAGGUCGUGUCGCCCUACAGUGCCGAGGACUGCCGUGGUCUCCUCAAGGUGGGUGCUGUAUCGCCUAUCCGAACCUGUGAGAUCUAGAAGCUCAUGGCCAUCUUUUCUCGACUCGAAUGCAAUCUGCGCGCCCAGGCCGCCAUCCGUGACCCCAAUCCGGUCGUCUUCCUCGAAAACGAGAUCCUGUACGGUCAAAACUUCCCCGUCUCGAAGGAGGCGCAAUCGACCGACUUCCUGCUCCCGAUCGGCAAAGCCAAGAUCGAACGCAAGGGUACGGACGUGACCGUCGUCGCUCACUCGCGCAUGGUCGGCCUUUCGCUUGAAGCCGCGGAGAUCUUGAAGAAGGAGGAGGGCAUCGAGGUUGAGGUCAUCAACAUGAGGAGUAUCAGGCCGUUGGACAUUGAGACUAUCAUCGAGAGUGUCAAGAAGACAAACAGGUAUGUUGACGAGGGUGAUGGGUCGCUGCAAUAACUACUUGGCUGAUAUGACAAUCCACCACCCUUUCAUGUACAGGCUUGUGACCGUUGAGGGUGGUUUCCCUGCGUUCGGCGUUGGAUCCGAAAUGUACGUGAUCGGAUGAUACGGUGGAGCAUGACUAUCCUCGUGCUGAUCCUUGGUCACUACGUACUCUCCAGCUGCGCGCAAGUUGUCGAGUCCGAGGCCUUCAGCUACCUCGACGCACCUGUCGAGCGAGUCACCGGUGCCGAUCUCCCCACUCCCGUGCGUAUCACAAGCAUUCGCCCUAUCCUUGUGACUGAUCUGAAACUCACUGUCUUGAUCCAAUGCUCAACUUGCAGUACGCUCAAGUGCUCGAGGAUUUUGCUUUCCCUACGACCGAUAUCAUCGUCAAGGUCAUCAAGAGGUCCCUUUACAAGUCGUAA